UCCAUAUUGUGUUGUAUUGUGUCCAGUUGUGGCCUAGGUGCGUUGGGUGCGUUAUUGCCGGGGUUAUUAAAGCCUACGAUAAUUCAUCAUGAAUAUUACAUCCGCAGCUGGUAUAAUCUCUCUUCUUGAGGAGCCGAUGCCUGAACUUAAAGUUUUUGCAUUAAAAAAAUUAGAUCUGAUAGUCGACGAAUUCUGGCCUGAGAUUUCGGAAGCAAUUGAGAAAAUUGAAAUCCUUCACGAGGAUAAGGCUUUUAAUCAUCACGAAUUGGCUGCCUUGGUCGCUAGCAAAGUUUACUACCACUUGGGAAGCUUUGAAGAUUCCUUAACUUACGCUCUCGGGGCCGGGGAAUUGUUUGAUGUAAACGCCCGUAAUGAAUACGUCGAUACGACAAUAGCAAAAUGUAUCGAUUACUAUACCCAGCAGAGAGUAUUGGAAGCGGAGGGCAAACUACCACCCGGUGGCAAAGGAAUAGAUCCGAGGUUGGAAGGAAUCGUCAACAGGAUGUUCCAAAGGUGUCUGGACGAUAAUCAGUAUCGUCAGGCUUUAGGACUUGCUCUUGAAACCAGACGAAUGGAUAUCUUUGAGGCGGCCAUAAUGAAAUCUGACGAUGUCAGUGGAAUGUUGUCAUAUGCGUUUCAAGUUGUCAUGAGUCUGAUCCAAAAUCGCGGUUUCCGAAACACGGUUCUGCGUUGCCUGGUGUCUCUGUAUCGCAAUCUGGGAACGCCCGAUUACGUUAAUAUGUGCCAGUGUCUGAUUUUUCUUGACGAUCCGUUAGCUGUGGCAGAGCUUUUGGAUCGCCUGAGCAGAGGUUCUCAAGACUGUGUUCUAAUGGCUUACCAGAUAGCAUUUGAUUUAUACGAGUCAGCUACGCAACAGUUUCUUGGCCGCGUGUUGCAAGCUCUACGAGCUACAGCUCCGAUACCUGGGGCACUUAUGGUGAAGCCGAUCAUUAAGCCUGUUGUGAAAGUUGCUACCGAUGUUGCUUCUGACUCAACAACUGCCGAAGCAGACAGCGCUGCGGUGCCAUCUGAAGAAAAAUUUCAACGCAGUGUCGACAGCUUGAAUGCCGAAGAACGAGAGCAGCAAGAGAGAGUAGAUGCGUUAUCCAGUAUUUUAGGAGGCGAAGUUUCGAUCGACUUGCAUCUGCAGUUCCUUAUUCGCAGUAAUCAUACCGAUAUGCUCAUUCUGAAAAAUACCAAAGAUGCCAUAAGGGUGUCUAUUUGCCACACUGCCACCGUAAUUGCCAAUGCAUAUAUGCACUCCGGUACCACCAGUGAUCAAUUUUUAAGAGACAACCUGGACUGGUUAGCUCGUGCUACAAAUUGGGCAAAGUUGACAGCGACUGCUUCCUUAGGAGUUAUACAUAGGGGCCACGAACAAGAAGCCCUGGCCCUGAUGCAGUCUUAUUUGCCGAGAGACACUGGUGCCGGUGCUGGGUAUUCCGAAGGAGGUGGUCUCUAUGCGUUAGGGCUUAUUCACGCUAAUCACGGUGCCGUUAUCACUGACUAUCUUCUGGGUCAACUCAAGGAUGCACAAAAUGAGAUGGUGAGGCACGGUGGGUGUCUGGGCUUGGGAUUAGCAGCAAUGGGGUCUCAUCGACAAGACGUGUACGAGCAAUUGAAGUUCAACCUUUAUCAAGACGAUGCCGUGACCGGAGAAGCAGCUGGCAUUGCGAUGGGAAUGGUUAUGCUUGGCUCGAAAUCAACCCAAGCUAUAGAGGAUAUGGUUGCGUACGCCCAAGAAACUCAGCAUGAAAAGAUUCUACGCGGUCUGGCUGUCGGAAUCGCAUUCACCAUGUACGGUCGUCUGGAAGAAGCCGAUCCUUUGGUGACAUCCCUUAGUGCCGACAAGGAUCCUAUCCUGAGAAGGAGUGGGAUGUACACGUUAGCGAUGGCUUAUUGCGGGACGGGAAAGAACGAGGCGAUUCGGAAGCUUCUUCAUGUGGCCGUAUCCGAUGUGAAUGAUGACGUUCGCCGAGCAGCCGUUACGGGACUGGGAUUCCUUCUGUUCAGGACUCCCGAACAAUGUCCUAGCGUGGUGUCUUUGUUGGCCGAGAGUUACAACCCCCACGUUCGAUAUGGCGCCGCAAUGGCGCUGGGAAUCGCUUGCGCGGGCACCGGCCUCAAGGAGGCGAUCGCUCUCUUGGACCCCAUGACCAACGACCCGGUCAACUUUGUGCGUCAAGGGGCCCUCAUCGCUUCCGCCAUGAUCCUGAUACAACAAACGGAAGCUACGUGUGCUCGCGUGAAAGACUUCCGCGCGCUCUACGCCAAAGUGGUCGUCGACAAACACGAGGACGUCAUGGCCAAGUUCGGCGCCAUUUUGGCUCAAGGCAUCAUCGAUGCAGGUGGUCGCAACGUGACGGUAUCUCUCCAGUCCAGGACUGGUCACACGAAUAUGCUCGCGGUGGUGGGUGCCCUGGUGUUCACCCAAUACUGGUACUGGUUCCCUCUGGCUCACUGCCUCGCUCUUGCGUUCACCCCCACCUGUCUGAUAGCCCUGAACUCUCAACUGAAGAUGCCGAAGCUCGAGAUCCGCUCGAAUGCGAGACCGAGCGUCUACGCGUAUCCCGCGGCUCUGGAAGAGAAGAAACGGGAGGAUCGCGAGAAAGUGACCACGGCUGUCCUGAGCAUCGCAGCUCGGGCGAAACGUCGGGAAUUCGAACGACGGGCGCGGGAUUCACAUGAGAAGAUGGAAGUGGAAACGUCACCGCUGGAAACCACCAAGGAGGCCGUCGAAGUGAAAGAUGCUCCCGCCAAGGAAAAGGACGAGAAGAAAAAGAAAGAAGAGGAGAAAGAUAAUAAGGAGGCAAAAGAGAAGAGCGAUAAGAAGGGCAAAGACGAUUCUGAGAAAUCGGAGAAGGAGAAAAAGGAACCCGAACCCACUUUUGAGAUCCUGCAAAAUCCUGCCCGCGUGCUUCGCCAGCAAUUAAAAGUGAUUCAGUUGGUGGAGGGCAGUCAAUAUGUUCCCGUUAAAGACGUGGGCAUUGGUGGAAUCAUAAUGGUUAAACAUAUUCAAACGGAUUCCGAAGAGGAGUUGGUCGAGCCGGUUGCCGCUUUCGGGCCAAAGCCCGACGAGGAAAAGGAAGCCGAUCCUCCGGAGCCAUUUGAAUACACCGAGGAUUAGGAAGGAUUCGAAAGGAUUCGUAAGGAACUUUGUCUUACUCGGGAGACGAUAAUUCUAAUCAACGUAUACGUAUGCGCUAUGUACAAGCAUCGUAAUAUAUAGUUCAAUUUCUUUUUGUUGAUACCAAUAAAUCGAUCUAUUGGGUA